CGCUUAAGUCCAGAUUUUCUUACAAGCUGGCAUCUUCUGCUCCUGUGGAAGUCCUAGAUCGAUCUAUUGCAUGUAUAACCCAGACUCCAGUCACCAGAACAACCUCCAGCAGCUGUCGCAGCCCUUCCUAUAGCAUGGUAUAGCAUGUGGAUGUAUAACACAGCUGUCUCAUUCAUCUAGCCCCACGGAGCCCCUCUCUGUGACCAUGGAGUGCACAUGGAGAGCUUCUCAGAUAUUUCUGCUGUGUCUUCACACUUGGCUGUCUGGGGAUUGCCACUCGUACAGCAAUCGCUAUGCUGGAGAUAAAGUAAUAAGGAUUGUGCCUAAGAACGACGUAGAAGCUCAGGAACUGAAGAAUCUCUAUCGCCAGCUUCAGGUGGAUUUGUGGCAUCCGAGCAGCAUCAGCUCCAUCUGGACAGACACGUUAACCGAUGUGCACGUUUCAAGAAACAGCUCCCAAGUCCUGCUCACCUACCUGAGAAAUGCCAAUGUACAGCAUGAGAUUCUUGUAGAUAAUAUACAGAAGGUACUUGAAAAGCAAAGUGUUUCUAGAGCACCCAGAAAUCGGAGAUCAUUGUCAAGAUAUAAUUAUGAAGUAUACCAUUCACUGGAUGAGAUUGAAAGCUGGAUGCAUUACAUGAAUCAUACUCAUCCUCAUCUUAUUUCUAUGUUCUCUGUUGGGAAAUCAUAUGAAGGCAAACCCUUGCAUGUGCUAAAGUUGGGGAAAAAUGGUACAAAGAAGAAAGCAAUUUGGAUAGAUUGCGGUAUUCAUGCAAGAGAAUGGAUAGGACCUGCAUUUUGUCAGUGGUUUGUGAAAGAGGCAGUAAGUGCAUAUAACCGUGAUCCUUCUAUGAAAAAAAUUCUGAGUAUCUUCUAUAUUUACGUCAUGCCAGUGUUCAAUGUGGAUGGUUACCAUUAUAGCUGGACUACAGAUCGCUUUUGGAGGAAAACACGGUCUAAAAAUCGGAGGUACAACUGCCAUGGAGUAGAUGCCAAUCGUAAUUGGAAAGUCAAAUUCAGCGAGGAAGGUGCUUCUCUGAAUCCAUGCGAUGACACGUACUGUGGGCCAUAUGCUGAAUCUGAGCCAGAAGUUAAAGCAGUCGCUCAAUUUAUCUACAAGCAGAGAAAGCACAUUAAGGCAUACCUCUCUUUCCACGCUUAUGCCCAGAUGCUGCUGUAUCCAUACUCUUAUCAGUAUGAUGCCAUUCCAAACUACCAUUGUGUGGAAUCGGCUGCAUAUGAUGCUGUAAAUGCUAUACGAUCUGCUUAUGGUGUGAGGUACCAGCAUGGCCCAGCAUCUAGCACGCUAUACAUGAGUUCCGGCAGCUCCAUGGAUUGGGCCUACAAUAUUGGCAUACCCUAUGCAUUUGCAUUUGAACUUCGAGACACUGGAUAUUAUGGAUUUCUUUUACCCGAGUCCCUCAUCAAACCCACUUGUACUGAAACAAUGCUUGCUGUUACAAAAAUUGCAAUGCACUUACUUAAAAAGUGCCGCUAGAGUACAACAAUAAUUUUUAAUAUUCACUUGCUUUCAAGGUUCCAAAAAUAAAAGUAAUAUACAAACAUCU